AUGGGCUGGCCAGGUGUGGGGAGUCUCGCUGCAACUGCGGGAUAUUUUUUCUCCCGCAGUCAACCUAACACUGACGAGAAGACCCUGGAUCCAACCUCCCCCACCCCGCCGGACUCCAGAUCCGUGCCGCCUUCUGCCGCCGAUAAUCACACUCCGGAAAGACAUGACGCAGGCGCCUCGACAUGUCCGCCACUAGAUGUUGAAGAGGAUGGCUCUCAGAGUACACCCAAGGCAUCGGCAUCAAGUGCGCCGCCACCAGUCCUCACCGUCCCCACAUUGAGUCUGAAUGGUGACCCGAGCGACAACGACAAUGCCACCGGCGUCGAGAGAGGUUCAUCAGGCCAGAGGAGUGUAAACAGCUCUGGACAAAAGACACCGGAGACAAAAUCCAACGAUGCAUCCACCAACUCAAGGAUGCAACCCCCGUCUCUCGGGGCGACCUCGUCGCCACAACAACCUCCCAACGCAACCGCGACAAACAUACCCUCCCUCAUGCCUCCACCCCCAAUCCCACGCCCCCGACAAACCCCACAACCAAACAGAGCUCCCCCAACCCUCCAACCACCUCGAUCAAGUGCCAGUUCCCUCCGUACACCUCCCUCUGCCGCCGCGGGUCUUCGCGUGCCCCCCACCGCUAGCAGCGGCGGCAGCGGCCUGAGCAGCAGCACCCUCGCCCCAACCACAGUCAAGAAACAAGCAUCUCGCAAAGUAGUCCUCGAACCGGGCUACUCACCACUAGACUGGGCCGCGCGCGCCGCAAACCCGAACAAUCAACUCCGUGGCGCGGGUUUACCCCCGGGUCUCCUGCGGGUAACCCCGUCCCUGCUCAAGACGCAGAAUGGGCGUAAGGGCCGUGAUGCUUGGACGUCGUAUCAGGGCAAGGUUUAUAAUAUCUCGCCGUAUGCGCCAUAUCAUCCCGGUGGGAAGGGGGAGUUGCUGCGGGGUGCGGGGAAGGAUUCGGCGCAGUUGUUUGCGGAGAUCCAUCCGUGGGUGAAUUGGGAUGGGAUUCUGGGGGAGUGUUUGGUGGGGAUAUUGGUUUCGGAGAAUGAUGUUCAGGCGGAGAAUGGGUUGGAUGCGAUGGACUAA